AUGUGUAUUAAUAUCGGUGCUCCACCACCGCCACCACCAACACCACCACCACCUCCACCUCCACCACCACCACCACCACCUCAUGGGGAUAUAUGUAAUCUUCAUAAAGACCCUGGACCAUGCAAAGCCACAUAUCCGAGAUAUUAUUACGACCAUAGAAGGAUGAAGUGUCGUAGAUUUACCUAUGGUGGCUGUAAAGGAAAUGCCAAUAAUUUCCUGACAAUAAACAAAUGUAGAAAAGCUUGCAGCAAAGUGUACGAUUGCUACGCACCAAUAACCAAAGGUACAUGUCAUAAACAUAUCCGACGUUGGGGCUACGAUAAGCACAGAAGACAGUGUGUCCGUUUCUCGUAUUCAGGAUGUGGUGGUAACAGCAACAACUUUCCAAGUAAACAUGACUGCAAAAGAUAUUGCAGAACACACUAUAAACCAUGUCCAACAUUCAAAUGCCACUUACGAUGCUCAAAUGGAUACGACACCAACUCUCAUGGAUGUCAGCUAUGUAAAUGUAAACCAAUCAAAUACGAUUGUAAGAAAACAUACUGUAAAAAUAAAUGCUUAAAUGGAUACAAGAAAGAUUCUAAUGGGUGCGAGACGUGCGACUGUAACACCUGGGUUUGUAAGAAACAGUACUGUCACCGCCAUUGCAAACAUGGAUAUGAGAAGGACAGUCAUGGAUGUCAGACAUGUAAAUGUAAGCCAUGGGUUUGUCAAGCACUACCUUGUCCUAAACCGUGUCCACAUGGGGUUGAGAAGGAUAGUAAGGGAUGUCCUACAUGUACAUGUAAACCAUGGGUUUGUCCGUUAAUACAUUGUACUAAACCAUGUCCACAUGGGUAUGAGAAGGACAGUCAUGGAUGUCAGACAUGUACAUGUAAACCAUAUAAAUGUCCAAAAAAACCAUAUUGUCCUAAACCAUGUCCACAUGGGUAUGUGAUCGAUAGUAACGGAUGUCAGACAUGCACAUGUAAACCAUGUCCGAAAACACCAUAUUGUUUUAAACCGUGUCCUCAUGGAUAUGUGAUCGAUAGUAACGGAUGUCAGACAUGCACAUGUAAACCAUGUCCGAAAAAACCAUAUUGUCCUAAACCAUGUCCUAAUGGGUAUGUGAUCGAUAGUAACGGAUGUCAGACAUGCACAUGUAAACCGUGUCCUAAAAAACCCUAUUGUCCCAAACCAUGUCCACAUGGAAAUUAA